AUGACUGCUGUUGUUGAGCGUGGGCCACCUGGCCAGCCAGACAUUGGCUACUCCCCCGAUUUCGACAAGUUCGAAGCACGGUCCAAGCGCCGCGCGGAGACUGAACAACUGAGUCCUGUGUUGCCCGAGGGAUUCCCAAAGCAGCUGCAUUCUGAGCUGGCUUGGGACCUGGAGAGCCUGACCGCGUCAAAAUACGAUUGGAACUAUGUCCUCAGCGCAGACGACAUUGCUGAGCUACAUCGUGCUCUGAAACAUUUCAAAGACCUCAACAAGCCCCUGGGAUUUGUCAGCCAAGAGACGUUUCCACUCUCUGACUUGCACGCCACGCUUCGUGAUGUCUCUCGGGAGGUGCACCACGGUCGUGGCUUCAAGGUUAUCCGCGGCAUCCCGGUAGAAGAGCACUCCCUUGAGGAGAAUGUGAUUCUAUUCGCCGGAAUUUCAGCGCAUGUCGCUCCAGUGCGCGGUCGGCAGGACUCGCAGUUUGAUGGGAAACCCGCCGAUGUGGUGCUCGCCCACAUUAAGGACCUGACCGCGACGGUGGACGCUGCCAGCAUCGGGGCCCCGGCUUAUACGACCGAGAAGCAGGUGUUCCACACAGACGCCGGUGACGUGAUCGCCCUUUUUGCACUGCAGGAGUCCGAUCAUGGCGGCGAGAGCUACUUGUCAAGUAGCUACCGCGUGUACAACGAGCUCGCGAAGACACGGCCGGACCUGAUCAAGACCCUUGCGGAACCGUGGGCAUUUGAUAGCUUUGGCAAGACAGAGGCGAAGUAUGUCCUCCGGCCUUUGCUGCACAGGGUGCCAGAUGACAGCGAUCGACUCGUUAUCCAAUAUGCACGGCGCGCGUUCACAGGCUACUGGGGUCUACCACGGUCGUCGGAUAUCCCGGCUAUUACAGAGGCACAGGCCGAGGCCCUUGACGCCGUGCACUACACAGCAGAGCGCAACGCAGUGGCGCUGCACUUUCGCCGGGGCGACAUCCAGUUCGCCAACAACUUGAGCAUUUUCCACGCCAGAGGUGCUUUUACCGACUCACCCGAAAAACAACGACAUUUACUCCGCCUCUGGCUCCGAGACCCUGAAAAUGCGUGGCCGACAGCGGCGGCCCUCCAAGACCGCUGGGACAAACUUUACGACGGUGUCACACCAGAGAACUCGGUAUUCCCUCUCGUCCCGACGGUGAGGAGUGCCAGCAAGGGAACACAAAAAGAUGCGGCCACGGAGACGGCAACCACGUGA